CUCGCAACAUCGCCAUUGCACGCACUUUGAUUUCGAUUUCGCUUCAGGCAGCUCUUUUCUUUUUCUUUUUCUUUGCCACUCUUGUGUAUAUCUGCUCUCAUUUGUACUGAUGGAACUGACGUUCUGGAGGGAGUCAAUAACGACGUUGCUGGCGACGCUGGAGGGCGCGUUGCUGGGCGACAGCGAUCAGCACACAGGCAGCAGUUCCAUGCAUCACGAAACCCGCAAGCACGCACGCUACUCGACCAGCGACACGUUGUCUGAUAUGGAAAUGCCCGGGGAGCCAGCGAAGCGGCGGCGGAACAGCGGCGACUCGGAGGAGCUGGCGCGGCGGGCGUACAAGAACCGGCGGCUAUCGAAGACAUUGUCGAGCCAGUUUGCGCGCAGCCUGUCGAUGAGCACCGGGCAGUCUGCGGGCAGCGUGGAUGUGGAUCACAGUCCGAUGCAUAUGGAGGGGUACGUGUCGCUGUCAUCGGUCAGCUCGUGCUCGUCGCUUUCAUCACUGUCGCCGUGGUCGUCGGACGCUGCCUCGACGCCACAUUGUGGAAUCCUGGACUACUCGGGCAUGCAGCGGGCGCUGGCGAAUCCAACUGUGAACCGGACAACGAAGGCGCGGGAGAAAAGCAAAAUGGCGGCCAGCGGGGGGCUGCAGCUGGCGUCCAGCAUGGAAAUGGACAGCAGCGAUGGCGGCAUGACGGCGAGUGCUAUGGAGUCGAGUGUAUGUAGCGAGCUGCGAAACACCUCGAUUGCAUUCAAUGGGGACGUGUUUUCGGUGCUAUUCCGUGCGGCACCCAGGGACCUGGGGCUGGCCAGCCGCGAGGAAGUGGACCGGGUGGUGGAGCAGUGGGCGGAGCAGCAGGCGGACUCGCAUGGCUCUGAGACGGCAUCGCAAAUCAUUACCGGGCUGCAGGACCGGCUGGCGCAGCUCGAGGCCCGGCUGCCGACGAUUCUCCGGCGGCUUUCGUGCGACCACCGGCAGACGCAGCCGGGGGAGCGGCUGGACGAUCUGUACAGAGCGGUCGGCGAAGUAGCGCAUAUCGGCGGGUGGCUAUACCGGCGCCAGUUCCCGUACCUGCCGGCGUUCUUCCCCAGCCUGACGCCCCAGCUGCCGCUGCUACAGGAGCUGAUCCGUCUGUCGCACAUCAGCAACGACAUGCAGCAGCUUGUCGCCUGGACGCCCAAGUUCAGCCGCUCGCUGAAGGAAAUGUGCAAUGAGUAUGAGGAGCUAGUGCAGGAGAAGCGCGAGGUAUUCGGCGACAUGCUGUCGCAGGCGGGGCUAGCAUGGAAGGCCAUGGGACUACCGGUGGACAAUGGCCUGAUCCAGCACACGCAGCAGUGGCUCGAGUCCACAACCGAGCUGUGUCUUGCGCGGAUUGCGCGUGCAUAUGAGCGGCGGGCGAACUCUGCAGCGGCCUUUGGCAAAGAGGACAUCAGCAUUGACGACCUGGCGCUGUGCAGCAGCCAGCUGAUCCACUCGGUGCUUGCAUGCUCGGUGCUGUGCGGCCGCUACCCGGCGGCUCUGGCACCGCAUCUGCUGUAUGUGCUGGCCGAGUACUCGCACUGGGCGGUCGGCAAGUCGGCAGCACGUGCCAGCGCAUGGCAUGGCAAGUCGCUGGACAGCCGCGCCAUGCGGUUGAUGCGCCAGUGUGAGACGCUGGUCAAGCUUCUGGCGUAUGUGCGUGCGACACUGGGCGACCGCAUGGCUAUGGAUGCAAAGGCUGGAGACGCAGCUGUUGCAGCGCUGGAGUCGCUGGCUGCGUCGCUGGUGGAAUUGAGCUGGUCGCUGGCCGAGAUCUUGGCUGCGUACCGCCAAGACGGCCGCUUUGCGAAUCCGUCAGGCACUUUGCUGCUGUUUAUUGACUUUGCCGUGCGCUUUGCAAGGCGGGCGGUUGAUUUUGGCGGCAGGUUUGCUGCUGCCCACCAGCGCCUGCAUCGGAUGCAGGCGUAUCUCAAGAGGCUCGAGUCUGCGCUGGCCUAAGCGGAUACCCCAAAACCCUUGCUGUCAUCGCCACAUACUAAAAAACUGUGGGUGAUUUUUUUGUUGCCCCUGCCAAACCACCACUGUUCUAUACAAUUACCCCCUAUCUGCAUAUAAAUUUUAAUCUCAUAUCACCUUGCAAUGAGCGCAGCCCAGGAACAGCAGCCGCCAUCGCUGGAAC